GCCAAACCGCCAAAAUGAUUGGCGCGCUUUCUCCUCGACGAUUCCCAUGGAAAUCACUGCCAACAACUUCUUAGUAUACCAACAUAGCUGUCCAUUAAGAUACGGCAUCUAAUGCCACUCCAAGCCAAACGCUCUCGUCGUCUUCAUCGAUGGCUUCGCUUCGACGAUAUCGCCGCUCGAUCACCUCCCAAAUCCGCCACCUCGCUCGAUGCCAUAGUUCUCAUCAUCAUCGUUCUUGUCCCCAUUUCCAACAGCUUGAAGUUAGCCAUAAAUUUCUGGUCUUUUCGUAUAAUUAUCAUCACCGGCUGCAUUUCUCAGGCUGGUUUGAGAGUUUCUUGAUUUCCAAAAUCUUCGUUGAAAAUGGCGGAUAUCAAUAUGCCGCGGUACAGUAAGCAGACCCAGGCCCAGAUUUCGUCUGCGAUGAAGCAACGGAGAAGCGGGUACGAGCCGUCCGACGCGGAAACGGAUUGGCCGGAAACUCCGGCCCGGGAGACGACGAUGAGAAACGGCGAGGAGGAGGAUACCAGCAGCUCUGAAGCUUUCAAUCUCAGCCACCGCCACGCGGCGAUUCUCCACCUCGAAACAGCGGCUUCCCCCAUUAAAGCUGCACCGAGAAGGCCUAGCAAGUCACCGUAUAGACCACGCGCCGCCGUCGACGGUGAUGUUCAUAAUACCCAUAAUACCCUUCACCGUAGCUCUAAUAGAAAUGUUAGCCCUUUUUCUAAAUCUGAGAAUAGGAGGUGGGCAGGGGAGGGUAAUAAUGUUCUUGAUACUGAAUUCUUUUCAAAAUCUGAACAAAGAAGAAGGAAUAGAGGGAAUAAUGAUUUUCUUGAAAAUGGAACUACUGUUUUGAGCCCUUAUAGGAAGCAGAAUAAUCAAAUCAAAGUUACUGAGAAAUCGAAUCUUAGCCGUAGAACUACUUCGGCUCCUAGAGGAUCAUCAUACCACAAAUAUGAUCACAAGGAGAGAAGAAAAUUGGAGAGGAUAACAGCCAAGAACAAUGGACCUUCUGUUGGAGAAAUCAAUGAAAUGGUAGGGAAUGCCGGGAUCAAUCCUAUGUUUGACAGCACUGAUUCAAUCUCCCCGGGCGAUAUUUUCUUCUCUCGCGAAUAUGCAGCUUUCACAAUGCAGAAGAUUACCUUCCCCAAGACCGGUUUUGACAGCCCCGUUUAUGGUGCAAAGCAUAACGGGAAUAAUAAUAAUCUUGAUUCUCUAGACAGAACAGCUUCCAAUUCCAUUCAGGGUUCUGGAAGGCGGAUUUUGUCAUCAAGUAAUGUUCUUGCACACACGAAUUCGAAUUCGAGCUCUGGUGUGAGUAGGCAGAGUAGUAAUCUAAGUGGAAGUACGACCAUAAGUGCGAAAAAGUUCACAGCGAAUAGACAAAAGAGUCAUCUGGGAGAGGCAUGGUUUUCUUGUAUCAAGAAGGGAUAUUGCAGGAGAUCAUCGAGAGAGUCUCCAGAGCGAAGGAGACCAGUUGAUGAAGCUUUGUUUAUCGAGAAGGCGUUUGUAGUUGAGAGUCUGAGACAGUUUUGGGCUGAUAAACAUCGACCUGUUUCGUUGGAUGGAUUUAUUUGCCACAAACAAGAAGCUUUGCUACUUAAACGACUAGCAGCUGAUGAAACGUUAUCGCACAUUUUGCUCAAGGGACCUCCCGGUUCUGGGAAGAAAACAUUAGCAAUGGCUCUUCUACACGAAGUUUAUGGGGAUUCCAUUAGCAAUAUAUCGCAUGAUGUGAGAUACUUUCGUGUUCAGGAAACUAAGCCAGUGCAAGUAGUUGUUCCUGUAACCUCGAGCCCUCACCACGUUGAGCUCAACGUUCAUUUGGAGCGUAAUUCUAGAUAUGCGUUAAUGGCUUUAGUCAAGAAUAUUAGCACUGAAUAUGCAGCUAUCCCGGAGAUCAGCAAGGCUAACAUGAACAUGAAGGCAGAUCAUAAAGUACUUGUUCUUUAUGAUGUGGAUAAGGCGACGCAGAACAUACAGCACUUAAUAAAAUGGAUCAUGGAUUGUUAUUCAGACUCUUGCAAGCUUGUUCUAUGCUGUGAAGAUGACACGACCAUCGUUGAAUCAGUAAAGAACAGCUGCAAAGUUGUUAAGGUUGAAGCUCCUGUGACUCAUGAAGUCAUGGAAGUUCUGAUUCAGAUUGCGAGAAAAGAAGGCCUUGAACUACCGAUGAGCUUUGCUGCUAAGAUAGCGGCCAAAUCAAAGCAAAACCUGAGCCAAGCAAUUAUGGCUCUCGAAGCCUGCAAUGCACACAAUUAUCCUUUCACCGAGGACCAACCAAUUCCACUGGGAUGGGAAUUGGCUGUGCUAGAAAUGGCUGCAGAAAUUCUUGCUGAUCCUUCACCUAAAAGAGUGUUUACCAUUCGGGGAAAGCUCCAAAAACUUUUGCUGGAGUUUGUGCACCCAAAGUUGAUUCUGCUGAAGCUAGUUGAACAGUUUCUAAGAAGGAUUGAUCCUAGUUUGAGAAGAGAAGUUUAUUACUGGAAUGCAUAUUAUGAGAAACGACUGCCAACCGGAACAAGUGCUUUACUGAAAUUAGAAGAAUUUGUGGCCAAAUUUAUGAGCAUAUACAGAAAAAGCUGUGGGAGUCAAUAUGCCCAAUAGCACAUGGAGGAAAGAUGCAGUGCAGGGAAAUAAUGGCUGGCUGGCUGCCUUCAUCAGCUCCACCCCAUUUCUCCUGUGAGAGUUGCUGUUGUCUGAUUGAUGUUAAAAGAAUCCCAGAAUGCAGCAUCAGAUUGAAUACAGAUUCUAAGUACACAUCCAUCUUAAGAUGUUUUUUUUCCCUUCUUUUUCUUGUUGAGAUUUGGCAGAGCAUAUUUGAGGGAAAAUGUAUGUGGAAUUGCAUAACAUAUAAAUCCAUUGGUGUUCAAUAGGAGCUUUCCAAAGGUUUGAG